CCUCGCUGCUUUACGGUAGUGGUACUGAUGCGGGAUGAGUCAGGCUAUAUGAUGCUGCUGCUCCUGCUGCCAUUUCAUCAGCAGCGAACCUCCACAAACACUCAGCAAACCCGGGAAUGAUCCGGUGGGGUUCCCUCCUGACAGCCAGCGUCCUGCCCCCGAAGAUGAAAAAGAGAACCGAGGCGUGAUUUGGUUCCGCGUCAAAGCGCAGAUCCGCUUUUUUCUCCCCGCACCUGCUCUGGAUGCAGGGUUUUUCUCUCUCUUUCAGGUCUGAUCGGGCCCGACAUUAAGGAGGAAAUCCGCCUGACUGCAGGGCCCAAGCCUCAGCCGUCGAGCUUCGAGGUUAAACGUCGCCUCCUGCGGGCUUUUGUGGCCGUUUUGCGCAUCGAUCCAGCCGGACCCGUCGGUGUCAUGGAGCCCGCAGCAGCCCGGUCCUGAACAGAGAGGGAGCAGCCACCGUUCUGGCCCGAAGCGGACUCCACUCCUCCUCCGAGCAGGCGCUAACACCACCGCAGACGGACGGACAGUCAGCCGGACAGACGGGCGGCCAGUCAUGGAGGCGAUAUGGCUCUAUCAGUUCCGGCUGAUCGUCAUCGGAGACUCCACCGUGGGAAAGUCGUGUCUGAUCCGGCGGUUCACGGAGGGCCGCUUCGCCCAGGUGUCCGACCCCACCGUGGGUGUGGACUUCUUCUCCCGGCUGGUGGAGAUCGAGCCGGGAAAGCGCAUCAAGCUGCAGAUCUGGGACACCGCGGGGCAGGAGCGCUUCAGGUCCAUCACCAGGGCUUAUUACCGUAACUCCGUGGGCGGGCUCCUCCUCUUCGACAUCACCAACCGCCGCUCCUUCCAGAACGUCCACGAUUGGCUGGAGGAGGCUCGCAGCCACGUCCAGCCGCACAGCAUCGUCUUCCUAUUGGUCGGCCACAAGUGCGACCUGGAGGCACAGCGUCAGGUGACCCGCCAAGAGGCCGAGAAGCUGGCUGGGGCAUACGGGAUGCGCUACGUCGAGACGUCGGCCCGCGACGCCAUCAACGUGGAGCACGCCUUCACCGAGCUGACCAGAGACAUCUUCGCCUUGGUGCGUUCGGGCGACAUUACAAUCCAGGAGGGCUGGGAGGGCGUGAAGAGCGGGUUCGUGCCCAAUGUGGUCCACUCGUCGGAGGAGGUGACUAAGAGUGACCGCCGCUGUCUCUGCUGAUCUGGGAAGACUUCUGAACGACGGGACUGAAGGUUUAAAAGGGGAGCGAUGGAUUCAGAGGGGAGCGGCUGAUGGACUGAGGUGUCGGCCCUCGAACUGAAACUGUUGGUGACCCUCUGUUGUUCUUUUUUCAGACUGGAUACAGAUAACGGGAUGUUUGAGGAACUUCAAUGAAAAGGCAGGGAGAAGGUGGAGAACAACACCUUGCACAUGGGCAAAUGGCUGAAAGGGUUGUACCCAAUUCUGAAGGGAAUGAUCACAGACGCUCAUCUAGGGGUUCCUACGGUUGAAGUCCUUUAGAUUGUUUCCCUGAAAGUCUUACCAAGGCCUUAGAAAGAGGAUCCAUUUUGGUUCUUUGUCAAAAUCCGCUCUUGACUUGUUUCCUCUUCCUUUCUCCCAUCAUGUCCUCCGUCACCUCUUCUUCCACCAACCCUUUCCUCUCAAUAUGCAAUUACAUGAUCACAUAGAAAGCGAUCACUUUUACGUUGGUGUCCGACAUCCUUUUAGAAGCAUUUGAAAAAGUCAGCACAUUUAGAUUAAUACCUUCCUUGUUAGAGUCUGUUGCGCUGACGUCUCGCUGCACAUUCCACCAUCAGAGCUCAAUGGAGGAGUCCUGGAGGUCCUAAAUAUCAUGUGGGAAGAGCAGUUUCCUUCCUGAACCUGUGAUUCUGUUGCCACUUUAUUUGUCUUUGCAGCAAUUUAGGCCUCCAGUGAGCUCAAUGACAUUGACCACAUGGUUCCAUCCACUCUCAUUCUGUUGAAUACUGCACUGUAACAAAACACCAUCACCAAUCCAGUUCACCUGAAGCAGGACGAGACUACGUGUACAGCUUAACUGACCGAGGUGGAGUCGUAUAAAAACUCCCAAUGUUCUGCCUUCCACUGGACACUUGUUAAGGUGGAUUAAAAGGAAUGUGGGAGCCUGAAAGCACCUUAAUUAAUAGCCAAGUUCUUCUUAACCGUGGAGCCACACUUGGGACAUUUGACCAGUGCAAAUAAGCAAACUGGGGUUUUUCUUGAAGACUUGAGGAAAACUUGAUGAACGGACUUCACAAAAGAGCCACAGUACCCACAGUGCACGCUUAGGACAGUCAGAACUGUUGAACAUUACAACCGUGUGAAGAAGGUCCAGUUGGAAACCCAGUCGACCCAACACAGAUUCAGGUGUAGGGGACACAACAAGAUCACAUUUUGUUCUGAAUAAGUAGUUUACAUGCUUUUUUUUUUAUAUGUGUGCGAGUGUCGUGUCACGUCAGACUUUGAUUUUUUUGUUGCUACAACUGGAUGUACCCAGCAUGAUUACUUGGAAUAAGUCAAACUAUACGCCAUAAAGCAGACAUGCAAGUGGUUUAAAUUUGGUUGAGGUAAUAUAUCAUUGGCUAUAUUUCCAAGCAAAACUGACAUUAAACUAUAGACAUAAUAAUGCUGUUGAAAUGUGUUUAUAUGUAACCUAGAUGUAAAACCCUCAAUUUCCAAUCACAUAUAGCAAAGUUUUGAAAUUGGUACAAACUUGAUCGAUUAAACCACAGUUUUCUGUGUGACACUUGAAUUAUUUUGAAGGAACAGGAAGUUGUUUUCUUGUGUCUGGACACUAAAUACAAAGCUACUGCCAGAAGGCCGCCAAAUUCCAGUGUUUGUGCUAAGCUAAGCUAAGCUAACGGCCGGUAGCGGUAGCCUCGCGGAUCUGCCUUCUCAUUGGGGCAUGAAUGUCUCGCCGCUUUAAGGUUUACUUUUAGCUUGGGGUCGUUAAGUCAGACGGUUGCUGGGCUUCCUGUAAAUGCCAGAAACACAACUAAGACGGUGAAAAUCAAGAAACGUCAGCAGGAGACUCGAUUGCUGUUUGUAUGACACCGAUAAUUAAUUACGUAUUCUUAUGAAAUAAACACUGGACCAAAUGUAAGAAUGAUCUGCAUACCCUUACGUGUGUUUGCUACAGUUUAAUAAAUAAUGUCACUGAAAUGAGACGAAAUGGGAGGAGACUGUUAGUAAUGAAAUGUACCUUAAAGUACUCAUCUAAAUGUCCAUACGUUUUUUUUUCGUUUUUUUUUGCAGAAUUGGCAUUUUCUCCUCCCUGUCAAUAGAUUCUGCAGUAGAUGUAGGAUUAAUAUCAAGAUUUUAUUAUUAUUUUCUACUCUGGUUCACUGUUAAUCUAUGAUACAUUCCCACAUUACUGCUACUGUUAAUAAUCUUUACAUUGUCUUUAGGCCACACUGUAUGCCUUCUUUUUCUGUGUUUCCAAAGAGGUUUGUUUUGUUUUUGUCAUUUUAUUUUGUACAUGAAUGUAUGGUGGUGAGGAUUUUACACUCAGUUGUCAGAAAUGUAACAAAUGUGUGAAUGAGAACUAUUUCCAGGCAAAAGGGCAAUCUGUGGGACUAGAGUGGCGAUGAUUCUAAUUAUAACACUCCAUUUCCACAGCUGCAUUAAUCCUCGUUGAAGUGAGUGAAACGCUGUUGCCAGACAGAAAAGAUCAAUCUUCAGACGUCCUUCCAGUAAUAAAAAAGAAAAAGCCUGCGCUCUCCCCGGUGCCCUUGUGUUUUUGAAAUCUGACGACGUGUUUCAUCCCACGACCGCUUUGAAAAUGAUUUUCCCUCCACCACUUUGGUGUGUCGUGACUAACACUUUCUGCUGAAACACUUCCCCGGUGGACGCGGUGGAGUUCAGGAGGUGUGUGUGGGCGACUGUGGUUGGAGUCUGCUGUGGGUGCAGCGCCCCCUGCUGGGCCGAGGAGCCUCUUUCACCAGAUGUCUCACAGCUGGUAGACCUGCACAGCUGUACAGCACUCUGGUUUAUAUUACCUCUACUCUGAAAUACUGUCUUAAAGCAUGAAACAUGUUGGGAAAGAUGGUCGCUCUCUAGCAGAAAGUUAAAUGAGAAACUCCAUACCGCGCAAACAGCAGCCCGUUCGCUUAGCAUAAACCUGGAAACAAGGCCUUAUGCUAAGCUAAGUGUGUUCACAGUCCACACUUAUCUUGGUUUAGCUGUUUCUGUUAGUUUCUAGUCUUCAUCCUAAGCUGAAGUGUUUCCCAUUGAUAGACUUUGGAUAAUGUGCUAUCAGAUAAAAACAACAAAUAUUUGGUUUUCUUCACAAUUUUGCAGGAACACACAGGCAGCUGGUUGUUUUAAUCAUACUACUUUCUAGUCUGCUGGGAAAACACAGUAGAUCUGCAUCUACAUUAUUAACUUCACCAUUUAUUGAUUUAGUCCAGUGCUGCUGAUAUGGUAUCGAUAGUCUCAUCUAACUCUUUGCAAGAAAGCAAAUUUUCCAAAAUGUCCAAACUGUUACUUAAAGUAGCUACAAUAAACUACGUCUAAAACAUUGGGAA